UAUUUAACUUGACCAACAAUGUGGAUUUGGAGAACACCAAAAAGAAAAUGGAGCUGUACCAGAAGGAAAACAAAGAAGUCAUUCAGAAAAACAAGAUAAAACUGACGCGGGAGCAGGAAGAGCUGGAGGAAGCCUUAGAGGUAGAGCGACAGGAAAAUGAAGAAAGGCGACUGCUCAUACAGAAGGAAGAACAGCUACAACAGAUGAUGAAGAGGAAGAAUAAGCAGGCACUCCUGGAUGACCUGGAGAGCUCCAGUCUUCCUGCUUCACUGCUUUUAGCUCAGCAUAAGGACAGAUCUACUCAGCUAGAAGUGCAAAUGGAAAAACCCAAACCUGUCAAACCAGUCACGUUUUCCACUGGCAUCAAAAUGGGUCAGCAUAUUUCACUAGCUCCCAUUCAAAAGCUGGAGGAAACUUUGUAUGAGUAUCAGCCUCUGCAAGUGGAGACAUAUGGACCACAAGUUCCAGAGUUUGAAAUGCUGGGAAGGCUGGGGUAA